GCCAAAUCCGACAAGGUAUUCGCGAUCUUCCAUCGGCUUCAUCUAGGGUUUGCAAUCGGAUCCUGAUUUGAAAUCAAUUCGGGAAACUAAUCCUUGAUAAUCUAUUCCUGGACCGCCAGUCAUAUCGAUUUUAGCAAUGGUGCUGUCGCAAAAGUUUCACGAAGCAUUCAAAGGGACAGUGGAGAGGCUUACAGGUCCUCGUACGGUUUCUGCUUUCAAGGAGAAGGGAGUACUCAGCGUCGGUGAGUUCGUUCUCGCCGGUGAUAAUCUCGUCUCCAAGUGCCCUACCUGGUCCUGGGAGUCGGGUGAUCCAAGCAAGAGAAAGCCAUACUUGCCCCCAGAGAAACAGUUCUUGAUUACUAGAAAUGUACCCUGUCUACGAAGAGCUGCAUCUGUGGAAGAGGAAUAUGAAGCGGCUGGAGGUGAAGUUUUACUUGAUGAUGAAGAUAACGAUGGUUGGCUUGCUACCCAUGGAAGACCGAAAGAUAAAGGCAGAGAAGAUGAAAAUUUGCCAUCCAUGGAUGCUCUAGAAAUAAAUGAGAAAAGCAAUAUUCGGUCAAUGCCUACAUACUUUGGAGGUGAGGAGGAGGAGGAAGACAUUCCGGAUAUGGAAGAGUUUGAUGAGACCGAUAACAUUAUAGAAAAUGAUCCUGCAACUCUUCAGUCAACUUAUCUCGUUGCUCGUGAACCUGAUGAUGAUAAUAUCCUCCGAACCCGAACCUAUGAUGUCAGCAUUACGUAUGACAAGUAUUACCAAACUCCUCGUGUUUGGCUGACCGGUUAUGAUGAGUCAAAGAUGUUACUGCAGCCUGAGCUUGUACUGGAGGAUGUUAGCCAAGACCAUGCUCGUAAAACGGUGACAAUUGAAGAUCAUCCUCACUUGCCAGGGAAACAUGCCUCAGUUCAUCCGUGCAGACACGGGGCUGUCAUGAAGAAAAUCAUCGACGUGUUGAUGUCCCGCGGAGUAGAACCUGAAGUUGACAGGUACCUCUUCCUAUUCUUGAAGUUCAUGGCCUCAGUCAUUCCAACAAUCGAGUACGAUUACACCAUGGACUUCGAUCUCGGCAGCUCAAGCACCGGACCUGACUGAGAGAAGCAGCUCCUUGCUUCUGGUUGAGCAAACAGGUGCUGUGUUCUGUCGCCAUGGAUGGUCAAUCUCAUCAAAGCUCCGCCAUGUACAUAACACGUAACUCUCACUUGAAAAGAGACGCUGUAAACUGUUGUGUUUCUUCACACACACACACACACACACAUGUUUAAAGUUCAUGUUGACGAACAGCGAACCUCCUCCAUUGGUGUUUUUUUAUAAUACUCUGAUUCUGGUAUUUGAUCAGAACCCGGUUUUAUAUACAUAUAUGUGCGUGUGUGUGUGUGGAAAACAAGAAAGGGUAUUCUAACUCUUGUCCGUA